AUGGCUUUUGAUGCACAAUUUCACCAAAAUAAUGUAUCUCUGGUAGCCAAUUUAAUACUGAAUGUGAAUUUAUUUCAGGCUGAAUCUGAAGUAGCUGGCCUCAACCGCAAAGUACAACUGAUUGAAGAAGAUUUGGAAAGAUCAGAGGAACGUUUGGCCACAGCUACCACCAAACUCGCAGAAGCCUCGCAAGCUGCUGACGAAAGUUCGCGUAUGUGCAAGGUGUUGGAGAACCGUGCCCAACAAGACGAGGAACGUAUGGACCAACUCACCAAUCAAUUGAAGGAAGCCCGUCUACUCGCUGAAGAUGCCGACAACAAAUCUGACGAAGUAUCCCGCAAGCUGGCCUUUGUUGAAGAUGAACUCGAAGUAGCUGAAGACCGUGUCAAGGGUGGAGACGCCAAGAUCAUGGAGCUCGAAGAAGAAUUGAAGGUAGUAGGAAACUCCCUCAAAUCUCUGGAAGUUUCCGAAGAGAAGGCUAACCAGAGGGUAGAGGAAUUCAAGAAGCAACUCAAGAGUCUCACCGUCAAGCUGAAGGAAGCCGAAGCGCGCGCUGAAUACGCCGAGAAGACGGUGAAGAAACUGCAGAAGGAAGUCGACAGACUCGAAGACGAACUUGGAAUCAACAAGGACAGGUACAAGUCCCUCGCCGACGAGAUGGACUCCACUUUCGCCGAACUUGCCGGUUACUAAUCUCUUCUUCCAUUUUCGAGAUCUACGCCGACGUAUCUUCAUCUCCGUGUGGUGUAGAAUGUUUACUAAUUAUUAUUUAUAUAUUGUAUUUCAGACGUUGCGAUAAACAAAAAUAAAAGUUUCGCUGACACGCGAGCUCAUGUGCCCUUUUGUCUAGUCGUUAUUGUCAUGUUCGCGGUCAGAGAACCGUUCAGUUGAUUUGAAUAAAAAUAUUGUAUUAUUUUCGA